GAUCGCUGCUCUCUGCGAAUUAUAAAAACACUCUCCAAUAACCAAUAUUCUCCCGUUUCAGUUUUCAAAAACAAGAAGAAGAAAAAAACUGCUCCUUUCUCUCUUUCCUUAAAACCCUAAACUCGAAGGCCUUACGAAAAACGAAGACCGACUUCCAUCCAAUCAGCUUUAAAACAAAGAAGAAAUCGAAAGAGGAAUGCCGAAGGGAAAGGGAAUUAUAAUCCCUAAUUUGAAGCUCUCUCUUCCACUUCCGGACGAAACCUCCUUCUCCAAAUUUCUAACCGAAAGCGGCACAUUCAAAGAUGGCGAUCUCCUCGUCAACAAGGACGGUGUUCGAAUUGUCUCUCAAUCCGAACCUGAAUCUCUUCCGCCUAUUAAGGCAUCAGAAGUUGACAAUGGCAAUCAGCUGAGUGUAGAAGAUAUAGAUGCCAUUAAAGUUAUCGGCAAGGGUAAUGGUGGAAUUGUGCAAUUGGUCCAACACAAAUGGACUGGCCAGUUUUUUGCAUUGAAGGUUAUUCAAAUGAAUAUUGAGGAGUCAGCUCGGAAGCAGAUUGCAAAGGAAUUGAAAAUAAAUCAGUCCUCCCAGUGUCCUUAUGUUGUUGUUUGUUAUCAGUCUUUCUAUAACAAUGGCUGCAUUUCAAUCAUCUUGGAAUAUAUGGAUGGUGGAUCCUUAGCAGACUUCCUGAAAAAGGUUAAAUCAAUUCCUGAACCCUAUCUGGCUGCAAUAUGUAAGCAGGUGCUUAAUGGUUUGAUGUAUCUUCAUCAUGAAAGACACAUUAUCCACCGUGAUCUAAAGCCAUCUAACUUGUUGAUAAAUCAUAGAGGAGAAGUCAAAAUCACCGACUUUGGUGUGAGUGCAAUAAUGACGAGCACCUCAGGACUAGCAAACACUUUUGUCGACACAUACAACUAUAUGUCUCCGGAGAGAAUUAUUGGGGGCAAUUAUGGUAAUAAAAGUGACAUUUGGAGCUUGGGACUGGUGUUGCUUGAGUGUGCAACUGGUCAAUUCCCAUAUUCCCCUCCAGAUCAGGCAGCAGGAUGGACAAAUUUUUAUGAGCUCAUGGAACAAAUUGUUGAACAACCACCACCUUGUGCAUCUUCAAAUCAAUUUUCUCCUGAGUUUUGCUCGUUUAUCUCUGCAUGUUUAAAAAAAGACCCGAAUGAGAGAAAGUCGGCUCAGGAACUGCUGGAUUUGCCUUUCUUGAGCAUGUAUGAUGACUCAAAUGCUGAUCUCUCAUCUUACUUCAACGAUGCUGGAUCACCACUUGCAACACUUUAGAAUCUAUGUGAGUUUGGAUUGGACAAAUUUUCGGUUAGGCUCAAAAGAAGCAACCGGGACGAUUUGUAGUUGUUGCUGCGUUUUAUUUUUCCGUAAUUGAGAGUAAUGUCAUAUAUCCAAGAACAGUUUUAUAAACCUCCUGAAAUAGGAAUUGUACUGAAUUUGAUAAUGGAAAGUGGACUUUUUGUCUGUUUGA